CUGGGCACCACUCUCCUGCAAAGAAUGCCAAAAGUUUGAAGUGAAGUGCGUUAGGCUACCCCUGACUGCGCCGUUCUUAUGGCAACCGAGCUCGAGCCAUAAACACGCCCGCGCGAGCCUAUGCGAGGGGAGUCCCUCGGCACGCGCAACUCAGCUGGUUCAUUUUUGUCCGCUCUUCCUCCAAAGAAGCGUCUGGCCUGGCGAGGAGACACCUGCGUGCUGCAUUCCCUUUGCAAGAGCAAAGCGGCAAGUUUGUGCCUCCGCACCUCUAGCUGGGCCGGGCUGUCCUCAGUGCGUUGGGCUUUCUCCUCAGUCUUCGUUCGUUUGGCGCACCGGCUGGCUUGUGUCACGCCAUGGGGUGCUCGAGUAGCGCUCAGACGCAGGUCAAGGACUGCAGCCGGCCGGCUCCGAAAUCCCCGGACGCCAACGGGCUACAGAAACGCGAUGAAAAGUUCCCAACCACCGAUGAAAAUGAAACCAUACCUGACCAGACCAAACUUGGAGCCAUGGAAGAAGUGGAUCUUGGACUGGAUGGAACAAAACAAAGUGAGGAUCUUACCAAAGAAGAGAUGGAUGUGUUGGUUCCAGGAUUAACAAAAUGUGUUCUUUCUACCAGUCAAAGAGUAGACCCCGAGGGCACUGAGCCUUUGCCAGCGGCAUCAGAAGAGAAGUUCUGUAGGGGUGACUUGUUGCCUUCAGGCCUAGCAGAAGCCGGUGAGCCUCAGCCCGUGGAACCAACAGAGAGUGGGGAGUCUCAGCCUACCACGGAAGCUGCCAGUGCUUGGCUUCCAGAAACUGCACAGAAGCCUGAACCUGCCAGAUCAGCAGAGGGGAACGCAGCUGAGUCUGCAGGGACCGAAGAAGCAAACCCUCAUCUUGUCACAGAAUUUGCGACUGAGUUGCAAAUGGGUGAAGAGGAACCGCUAACUGAGGGUAACAAGUGUGUUAUGGUAGACUUGGAAGGUGAGACGGGAGAAAAGGUGGAAACUGAGAUGCACUGUGAGAUAGUAAGUGAGGGCUCUGAAACAAAAGAAGAAAUGGGAGAAGCUACAACAGCAACAGAGAUAGAAGCUACUGAUAAUGAAGAGUGAAUGUUUUCUCCUGGACUUUGGUUGCUCAAGUAUUAAUACUUCAGUUUGAGAACUGGAUUUUUAGAAAAUCUUCUAUGAGCUUGCUACAACUACUGAAGUACUAGCAGGGUGUAGAGGAUUUUAAGGAUUGUAUUUUGGGAAGUCAAGUUGCCAAGAUACCUCUGAGGAACUGCAAAUUUAAACCUUUUAUAUGUCUGCCAUAGAAUGCCUUCUGCAAACUUUCAUUCAAGAGGAACUGUGUUUCAAAAUAACUUUCUGUAGAGUUAAUUGGGAAGUUUUAAAUUAACAUGUGAAGGAUAAACCAGGGUAAACUGAGGAUACAUGCAAUUUAAAUGCAUGUAGACUUACCCUAGUACCAUCCCAGUGUGUAAAAGUUGGCUAAGGAUAAUUCAGACUCUAGUAGAGAUUUUGCAGCCAUGAGCUGUAUGGAACAAUUCUUGAUGCAUUCUUGAUACAUGUUUACUGUUGAGAUUAAUAGUGCUGCUUUACUACAAUCAAGAUAGAAAAGGCAAGCUGCCAUCUGUAAUGAUUAUAAUCUUCAAAACACUUGUGGAGUGGGAGCUGGUAUAAAGUUAGCACUUUGCAAUCACAAGAUAUACCAUCCCUUGACAAAGCAAACAUCCUGUAUACUUAAUGAGAAGUGACCGAUGAGCACAUUAACACAUACUUGCUCAUUAUGUGGUAACAGUGUGUUAAAUAGAUUAAAUGUGUUUUACUCUAAAGUUGCAAAUCUGUAAAAUGUAAGAUACUGGUCCUAUUAAGGCACUGUGCAUCUGACAGCCCAUAGUAUAGAAAUAUGAAUUGUAACCAAAUGAGUUAUUGCUUCCAGUGUGCAAUAGUUGGUCUUUCUGGAUCACUUCUAGACUAUAUUUUGCAAAAUACAGGUGGCCCUCAUUAUCAGCAGGGGUUCCAUUCUCCCCUACAACCAUGGAUAAUACCUUGAGUGAAUGAAGUGGUGGUGGUGGGGCGGCUAGGUUCCUAGAAGCUUAAGAAGAGCUUCAAAAGGCAAAUGAUCAAUAAAGUAGCAUCCUAUGUUUUCUAGGUCUCCAGCAAUGCCCCUCUACCCCCAAUUCUGUCAAUUUCCCACACAAAAUGUGGGGGAGGUUUUUAAAGGAAGAGCCACAAAAUGGCUCCCUUCAGCAGAAUGGUGACCGGAAAUGACCUUGGUGGUCACUUCUGGCCACCUAGGAACUGCAGAUAGGCAAAUUUCAACUAUUUUUAGAACCGCAGAUAACCAGUCCAGGUGUACAUGGGCCGACAGCAGAUUUGCAAAACCUCAGGUGUCAGGACUGUAGAUAAUGAGGGCCACCUCUAUACCUAUACAUUCUACUUGCUUUUAUAAACCUAUUUGAUGAAAAUUAGCUGAUAAUAUAUAGGAAAAACAAAUCCUUCAAUGUUUUUUAAAUGAAGGAAGUUUUGAAGUGCACAUCUUGUAUAAUAGAGAAGAAUUUGACACACAAAGCAAGGGAACUGACAGAUAUUUGGAGUGUAACUUCAUUGGUUGUAUGGUUUAGAGAAGACUUCUGUAAACUUCAGCAGAACUGACCUUCACUCAUCUUGUUCUGGACCAGGAAACCUUGAAUACUUCUAUCCCAGAGUACAUAUGAUAUGGUUUGCUUCUGUGCCCCUUCAGGUAAAGUCUACAAAAUGUAAUCUCAAACACAUUGGAAUAAAGAAAACAAAUGAAACUAUGGAA